AUGUCAGAUUUGACUCUCAAUUUGACUGCUCCUAAUGGGCUCAACUAUAUGCAGCCAAUUGGAUUGUUUAUCAACAACGAAUUCGUCAGGUCAGCUUCACGGGUAAAGUUGUCAACUAUAGAUCCUGCGACUGAAGCAGAAAUUGCAAGUGUGUACGCCGCGUCAACAGAUGAUGUUGAAGUUGCCGUUAAAGCCGCACGGAAGGCUUUUAAUGAACCGUCCUGGGCUGGUAUCUCGUCGACUGAUAGAGGAAAUCUGUUGCUAAAACUAGCAUUACUUGUCGAGGAAAAUGCUCACCAUUUAGCUACUAUUGAGUCGUGGGACAAUGGAAAGCCGUACAUUCAUGCUCUAAAUGUCGAUAUUCCAGCGGUCGCCAACACAUUUCGAUAUUAUGGCGGUUGGGCCGACAAGAUUCAAGGUGACGUGAUAGAGACUAGCCCUCAAAAGCUGACAUAUACAAUUCGGGAGCCCGUCGGAGUUUGUGGUCAAAUUAUCCCUUGGAAUUUCCCACUGGCCAUGGCCGCAUGGAAACUUGGUCCUGCCCUUGCAUGCGGAAACACAUCGGUACUAAAGCCUGCACAGCAGACUCCACUGUCCAUUCUAUACUUGGCAACUCUUAUCAAAGAGGCAGGGUUCCCUCCAGGAGUCGUUAAUAUUCUCAACGGGCACGGCAGAACCACGGGAGACGCCAUUGCUACCCAUGUCGAUGUCGACAAGGUUGCUUUUACAGGGUCCACAGCGACUGGUAGAAAGAUCAUGCGAUCAGCAGCUCUCAACUUGAAGAACAUUACCCUCGAGACGGGAGGCAAGAGCCCCCUUCUAGUUUUUAAUGACGCAGACUUGAAAUCAGCUGUUGCCUGGGCACACACCGGUAUUAUGUUUAACCAAGGCCAAGUCUGUACUGCCAACAGUCGGAUUUUAAUCCAAGAAGGCAUUUACGAUCAGUUCCUUGUUGCCUUUAAGGAACAAGUGAAGAAUGUCUCUAAAAUAGGAAAUCCAUUCGAUGACGCCACCUUCCAAGGUCCUCAAGUGACCCAAGCUCAAUUCGACCGUAUCGUGAGUUAUAUUAACAGCGGGAUCGCGGAAGGAGCAUGUCUAGCAUAUGGGGGCAAGCCUUAUAAAAAUGUUAAUGGUAAGGGCUUCUUCAUUGAGCCGACCAUCUUCACGAAUGUGAAAGACGAGAUGAAAAUCUGCCAAGAAGAAGUGUUCGGGCCCUUUGUUGUAAUCUCGCCAUUCAAGACGGAGGAGGAAGCGGUACGCAGAGCCAAUGACACCCCUUUUGGUCUCGCAAGCUCAGUCUUUACACGAGACAUUAAGAAGGCGCAUCGCGUUGCGAGAGCCAUCCAGGCAGGAAUGAUAUGGAUCAGUUCAAGUGGCGAUUCAGACUUCCGUAUCCCAUUCGGAGGUGUAAAACAGUCUGGUAUGGGCAGAGAGCUGGGAGAGGCUGGCCUUGCAGCAUAUACCAAUCUCAAGGCUGUUCAUGUAAAUUUGUCUUAA